AUGGGCAAGGUGAAGACGCCCAAACCUGAUCAUCAUCAUGCCGCAGGAGGCUUCAAGAAUCCAUGGCCGUCUGCAGAUGGUCCAGGCGUGACAUCAUUGUUCUCCCGGUUUCCACUCGAGCUCAUCAGCCGACUAGACGAAUCGGAAGUUCGCCAGGUCAACGUCGUCCCCUGCCGGUUUGACGAUGAAGGCAAGGCGGGCAGCGAGAAGCUCAGGGCGACUUGGCUCGGACACGCCGGCGUGCUCGUCCAAUUGCCCGCGGUAAGGGCGGAUGUACGGUCGAUCCGCAUUCUCUUUGACCCCAUCUUCUCGUAUCGGUCUUCUCCUGUUGGCUUCAUCGGUCCUGCCAGGCGGCAAGAGUCACCCUGUACAGUAGAGGAUCUGCCAGAGAUUGACAUUCUCUGCCUUACACACAAUCACUAUGAUCACAUGGACUUAGAGACGCUAGACACGCUCCGCUCGAGAUUCCCAGAUCUCAUGUUCUGCGUGCCGCUCGGCAAUCGCGCUUGGCUGGAGGAGAUGCAUGUCGCGUCUGUACGCAUCAGAGAGCUGGAUUGGUGGCAGAGCGACACGCUGUCUCUCGCGAGCAUACUGCCAGCGCCCGAGAAGGAGAAGGGAGAGAUACAGAUUCACUGCGUGCCUGCCCAACAUAGCUCGGGUCGAGGACUUUUUGAUCAAAACGCGACGCUAUGGUGCGGCUGGGUCGUCGAACAGAUCCACGACGGCAAGCGAUGUGCAGUGUUUACAGCAGGAGAUACGGGCUACAGAGGGCCUCACCACGAUAUCGUCUGUCCAGCUUUCAAGGAGAUCGGUCAGAAGCACGGUCCCAUCGAUCUUGCAUUCAUACCCAUAUGGCGAGGAGGCUCACUUUCGUUCGUCAGCACUUUUGGUCUUCGCCUCAAGCCAUAUGUGAAUGCGGCACAUCACUGCACACCCGACGAUGCCUUACGACUGCAUCAAGACGUACAAGCACGACACUCUAUUGCGAUUCAUCAUGCGUGCUUUGUCGGCUCGGAAGACGAGGCGAGGUGGCCUACGGCUCUCUUUCUGAAAGCAAAGGCUAAGCUGGAUAUUCCUGAAUGGGAUCAAGAGGGCGGAUUCGGCAUUGUUGAUAUGAACGUCAUUGAAACGCUGUUCGGGCGGGCCAAGACGCCGGCUGAGCGGAUGCGCCAGCACCAACGCUCGCUACAAAAGGCACAACGAGAGCUCGACAGAGAGCGGACCAAGCUCGAAGCACAAGAGAAGAAGCUUGUCGCAGAUAUCAGGAAGAAUGCCAAAGCAGGUCAAAUGGGAUCUUGCAAGGUCAUGGCGAAAGAUCUCGUACGGACUCGGCGCUACAUUUCCAAGUUCUACGCAAUGAGGACACAAUUACAAGCGGUAUCGCUACGGUUGCAGACCAUGAGGAGUAAUCAGCAAAUGGCAGAGGCCAUGAAGGGCGCAACUCGGGCCAUGUCGGGCAUGUCUCGCAAUCUCAACAUACCCGCCAUGCAGCGCAUUCUCAUGGAAUUCGAGAAAGAGUCGAGCUCUAUGGACAUGAAGGAGGAAAUGAUGAGCGACGCCGUCGACGAUGUCAUGGAGGACGAUGGCGAGACAGAGGAGGAAGAAGGCGACAAGAUACUCAAGGAAGUUCUCGACGAGAUUGGCAUCUCGGUGUCACAACAGGCAAGCUGCGAGCUGGGCGAAGCACCUACAUCGCUUGGACCGGUAGAGCAAGUAUCGAAUGCCCAGCAGAGGAUCGCAGUGGGCGAAGGUGUAGGUGCAUCUCUGCCAACGACCAGUGCAGGCGCGCCCGACACGAAUCUCGGCAACGAGUUUGGCGACCUGCAAAGCAGGCUCGACAGCUUGCGCAAGCCAUGA